GAAGGUGGAGCCUCUACACUGGGUUUAAUCCGGAGCUGCGCUGUUGACCAUAAACAGACUGUCCCAGCACAGCACAUAGAGGAGUGGUCCCAUCUGUGGCAUUCCCCUGUGACUCCUGAAUGAUACCGGUUGUGAUACCCUUUUUGUACAAACCCAGUUAGUCACUGGCAGGAACAACUGAUGUUGGUGUUAACGGUGAAGAGGUCAUCGGGUUUGAGGUACUAGAUGCCACUUUAAUGAGAGUGGGAUGAGGUAAUAGUUGCACUACUUUGGAUACUUUUGCUGCAAUCUCCCUCUGGGACUCUAUCAUUGAACUUUUUGGGAUUACAUCAUACCCUACGAUGACCACUUUCAAUCGAUGGACCACCAUACUAUAAAUAAUCGUGCAUGCGCUACAAUAUUCUGUUGACCAUCAUUUAAAAAGAGGAGGACAAGAGCUUGCAACGAUUGUGAUAACUCUGUGACUUUCUUUCCCUUUGUUUGACUGUCGGCAUUUCAGACCUUGAUGGAUGUGAUCGAGACAUUACAGUUUGAAGAACAUCCACACAGUCAGCAGACCAUGCCUUGCAGUGGUCAUGCCAGGUCUACCCUACUCCCUAUUGACACUGAGGGAAGCAAGUCUACCAGUUUACCAAAUGGCAUCCGGAAAGGUCAGCAAUGUCCACAGGAGUAUGUACAAAUCUCCUUACCAGAUGCACGCAGUAAAUUUCCAAUGGAGUGGUGGAAGACUGGUGUCGCCUUUGUUUACGCACUAUUCAACUUGAUUAUGACGAGUGUAAUGAUCACUGUUGUACAUGAGAGAGUCCCACCCAAAGAGAAGAAUCCUCCACUACCUGAUACGUUCUUUGACUAUGUGGACCGUGUUGAGUGGGCUUUCAAGAUCUCAGAAGUCAAUGGUUUGAUCCUAGUCGGCCUCUGGACGAUCCAAUGGUUACUACUUCGAUACCGGUCGAUUGUGGGGCGUAGGUUUUUCUUCAUAAUGGGAACUCUGUACCUGUACAGGUGUAUCACCAUGUACAUCACCACUUUACCUGUGCCUGGCAUGCAUUUCCAGUGUGCACCAAAGCUGUAUGGAGACUCUCAGGCCAAGCUGCAAAGAAUUUUAAAGUUGAUCUCUGGCGGAGGUCUUUCGAUUACUGGCUCGCAUAUCAUGUGUGGAGAUUUUCUAUACAGCGGUCACACUGUCAUGCUGACGAUCACCUACUUGUUUAUCAAAGAAUAUUCGCCACGUCAGUUCUGGUGGUACCCUUGGGUCUGUUGGCUCCUCAGUGCAGGUGGCAUUCUGUGUAUCCUGAUAGCCCAUGAGCAUUACAGUGUGGAUGUUUUAGUGGCCUAUUAUGUUACAACAAGGCUUUUCUGGUGGUACCAUACGAUGGCCAAUAUUCCGACGUUGAAAACCCCCUCACAGACCAAUCAAUUUUCUCAGGCCUGGUGGUUCCAGGUUUUCCUUUUCUUUGAGAAGAACGUGCAUACUUCAGUUCCCUGUUCCUAUGUGUGGCCACUUGCUUGGUUUCCAAACUGUCUGAAGUCAUCUUGUUGGAGGUAUUCUCGGGCUCAAAAGAUGUGAGAAGAUGGCAUGAGUCCCAGUGAUCCUCAGUUUACAUUCACUUCCAUCUAG